CCACCAUCAAUGCUUUCCUGGUAAGAGCAGAAAGGAGAAAGCAGCUGCUGAUCCCACAGCCAGCCUUCAAAACCCCCUCCUUUCCGCUCGCCCCACACGCUUGAGCUUCAUUCCGACCGACCCGGAUUCUUGAAAUGGACGCCGACUCGCCGGAGGUGCACCGGAGGUGCGCGAGAACCGGCACGCCCAACUGGCGGUGCAGGGAGAGUGCUGUCAGCGGGGAGAAGUACUGCGAGAAGCAUUUGCUGUAUUUCACCAGAAUGCGGAGGAGCGCUGGCGCCGACGGUGCUGGUGCAGCUGCUGGGGCCAACGGGAGGAGGAAGCGGUUUUCCGGCGACGUCUCCGACAUGGGCCGCCGGAGGAGGGUGCUGAAGGUGGGGAAUGGUGGAGGGUCUUGCGGUGGUGGUGAUGAUGAUGGUGAGAGCAAGAGAGAUGGUGGUCGGCGGAAGAGAGGGAGGCCGAAAGGAUCGAAGAACAAGAAGAGAGUUGGCGAUGGGACUGUGAAGGAGGAGGAGUUGGCCAGCGAUGGGAAUCAGAGUGUGUGUCCGAAGGCAAAGAGAGGAAGGCCAAAAGGUUCAAAGGAUAAGAAGAAGAGGGAGAGGAGAAAGAAGGAGGAGGCAGGUCUUGGAAUUGCAGGGGACCAAGCAUUUUCUUGGCUUGAGACUCUGCGUGUGAACAAUGUGGGUCAUGAGGGAGUCAGUGGAGUGAAAGGAGAGACAACUGAGAACGGGGAGGGCCAAAAUGAGAUUUUAAAGCGGAAGCGCGGUAGGCCGAAGGGCUCAAAGAAUCGGAAACGAGCCACUCAUAAAACUAGCAAAAAUCGGGAAGCUGCUCCUAGGUAUGAUGAGUUGUUUUGUGUCAAUAAUGUGGGCCGCGUGAAAGAUGGAGAAGUGCAUGGAGAAAACGAAGAGGAAAAAGUUGAGGUGGUACGAGGAAAGCCCGGACGGCCAAAGGGUUCGAAGUAUCGGAAGUUUGCUACCGCUAAAAAUGAGGCGGUUUCUGAGGAUGGUGAUAAUGUGGGUUACGCAGUGGGCACUAAGCAUGAAGAGGGGAAAAUUGAGGUGGUACCACAAAAGCUCGGACGGCCAAAGGGUUCGAAGAAUCGGAAGUUUGCUACUGCUAAAAAUCAAGUGGUUUUUGAGGAUGGUGCUAAUGGGGGUUAUGCAGGUGGUACUGAGCAUGAAGAGAGGAAAAUUGGGAUUUCAAAAGGUCGGCCCAAGGAGUCAAAGAAUCUUCGGAAAUCUGCUAUUGCUGAUGGAGGUUUAGAGGGCAAGGUUGGAGAUUACAAGGAAAAUGUUCAUUCUGGGUUGGAGACAUUAAAGCCUAAAAGGGCCAGAGGCAGACCAAAGGGUUUAAAAAACAAGAGGACUCUAUUCCUCGAGAAAGCUUGGUCUUCUCACGGCACAGAAAGGGUAGUCAAACGGACGAAUAGAGAAAGAAUGGUCAAGAUUAUUAGUGGCAGGAGAGUUGGAAAUUCAAGAUCAUCAUAUCAUAGGAGUCGUGAAAUGAAGAAGAGGAGUUCAAUGUGUCAUCAGUGCUUGAGGAGUCACAGAAGUGGGAUCGUAAUUUGUUCAAGAUGCAAGAGAAAGCGCUAUUGCUCCGACUGCCUUGAAAAGUGGUACCCGGAGAAAAGCAAACAAGACGUGGAGAAGGAAUGCCCAUUUUGCCGCGGCCAUUGCAACUGUAGAAGAUGCCUCAGGAAAAGUUCUGUUCUUAGGGCAGAGGAGGACCGGCAGGAUAGUUCUAUGAAGCUGCAGAAGUUACUUUACAUGCUCGACAAAACUUUGCCUCUCCUCAAGUAUAUGCAACAAGAGCAAGUUUCUGAAUUAGAUGCAGAGGCUAGAAUCUGUGGAAAUCAAGUGGUGGAGGAAGAUAUACCGAAGUCUCUACUGGAUGACGACGAUCGAGUGUACUGUGAUAACUGCAACACAUCCAUCAUCAAUUUCUACAGAAGCUGCCCCAACCCUUUUUGCUCAUAUGAUCUGUGUCUAACUUGCUGUUCGGAGCUGAGAAGACUUGAUGAGGCAGAAUCAACUGAACCAGAAAGAUUGCAGAGUGAAGGUACGGAGCUGGGUGUCCAGAUACCAUCUGUGAAAGGGGAACAACAUGGUCAUGAGAGCAAAUUGACCUCCUCACUGACCAAUUAUGCAGGCAAUACAAAAUUUGACUUCCAUGAUCAGAGAGCAGAAACUGACGGUUCAAUCCGUUGUCCUUUGAAAGCACAGGGAGGUUGCGGUAUGGGGAUUCUUAAAUUGAGACGGAUCUUUGAUGCAAAUUUUAUAGAAAAAAUAAUAGACAAUGUGCAUAAGCUGAUGCUAAAUUACAAGUCCCCGGAGACUAAAUUUUCCCAAGGAUGUAUAUCAUGCUAUUCCACUGAUUCUACAUUAAGUGGGAAACUUGAAAGAAGACAGGCAGCUUAUCGAGAGAACAGUCAUGAUAACUUUUUGUACUGUCCCGAUGCUCUUCACUUGAAAGAUGAUGGACAUAAGCACUUUCAAACUCACUGGGUCAAAGGUGAGCCUGUCAUUGUUAGAAAUCUACUACAAAAAACGUCUGGACUAAGUUGGGAGCCAAUGGUAAUGUGGAGGGCAUUUAUGGGUGCGCAAAAGGUAUUGAAGGAGGAUGCUCAUGUUGUUAAGGCCAUUGAUUGCCUGGAUUGGUGUGAGGUUGGAAUCAACAUUUUUCAGUUCUUCAAGGGCUACCUAGAGGGUCGCAGGUAUGAAAAUGGGUGGCCAGAGAUGUUGAAAUUGAAGGAUUGGCCACCAUCGAAUUCAUUUGAUGAGUGUUUGCCAAGGCAUGGGGCCGAAUUCAUUGCAAUGCUUCCUUAUGUGGAUUAUACUCAUCCAAGAUCUGGUCUUUUGAACCUUGCCACGAAGCUUCCUGCAUUUGUGAAGCCUGACUUGGGACCUAAAACAUUUAUCGCCUAUGGAUUUUCAAAAGAGCUUGGAAGAGGCGAUUCAGUUACAAAGCUUCACUGUGACGUUUCUGAUGCGAUCAAUGUAUUGACGCACACUAGCAGAGUAAAUAUAGCUCAGUGGCAGCGUACAGCCAUAAACAUUCUCCAGAAGAGACAUGAAGCGGAAGAUCCUGAUGACCUCACUAACUGGAUGCAAAAUAAGUUGGUUACAUCUAAAAGAGAUGCGUUACGUGCUCAUACUAGUGAUCCUAGUGUCCAUGAAUCCCUCUCCUCGUCUGUGAGAAAUGAAGGUGAGGAGCCAUGUGAUAGGGUCAGUAAAAGCGCAUCAGAAUCAGUUCUUCCCGAGGAUGAGAUGAGAGAUGCAGGUUUGAAGCGCAACCUGAGCAUUGCUGAAGAAGUUAUUCUAGACGAUGAUCUAGAGGAAUCAUUUGGAGGUGCUGUUUGGGAUAUUUUCCGUCGGCAGGAUGUCCCCAAACUAGUCGAGUACUUGCAAAGACAUUGGAAAGAAUUUCGCCACAUCAACAAUCUACCCGUUGAAUCUGUUAUUCAUCCUAUACACGACCAAACUCUUUACUUAACCGAGAGGCACAAGAAGCAACUGAAAGAGGAAUACCACAUUGAACCUUGGACGUUUGAGCAACAACUUGGUGAGGCUGUUCUCAUUCCUGCAGGAUGUCCGCAUCAAGUGAGAAACAGACAGUCGUGUAUUAAAGUGGCCCUCGACUUCGUAUCCCCUGAAAAUGUUCAAGAAUGUGUAAGAUUAACUGAAGAAUUCCGCAAGCUUCCGAGGGACCACAGAGCGAAGGAAGACAAACUGGAGGUGAAGAAGAUGGCGAUCUAUUCUGCAAGUUAUGCUGUAAGUGAGGCCCAAGUUCUGACAACUAAACUUAAUCAGGAUCAGCGUGGCCCUUAACCUCAGCACAUUCUCGUAAGAUUGUCAUCUUCGAAGUGGCUUGCUAUACUCUUGAAGCCGAUAAUUCCAGUAUUGCUCCCUGAAUUUUCCCUCAGCACAUUCUCGUAAGUACGUUGACACUUUCAUUUUGCAAAGUGACCCUGGAAAUUGAACAAAUGACUGUCAACUCAUGUGUGUAGGAUUGUCAUCUUCGAAGUCGUUUGCUGUACUCUUGAAGCCGAUAAUUCCAGUAUUGCUCCCUGAAUUUUCCCUCAUCCCCCCUCCUAGUUUUGUAGUUCAGCUAACGGAGACAAGAGAUAAGUAAGGGACUAUCUGUCGGAAAUGUCUCCGUCCUAAGCAGUGUCAGAGAGUGAGAUUUUUUGAAGAUAUUUGUAUGUCAAGACAUCGAAAAUUUGGUACAUGCUCCAUUGACAAUCGAGAGGUUAUAUUCACGUAACCUGAUAGACAUUCUUUGUUCAGAGUUAGCUCGUAAUCUAACUAUAGUAGAAGGUGAAA